GGAAAUUUUCCUUUUCACUAGUUGAAAAAAAAGGAAACUUACCUUUACUCUAUUCUCCCAUCCGUCUCCAUCCUCUAUAAAUACAAUUCUUUGGAUAACAAAUCAAUCCUCAAAUCUCAAUCCAUCCAACAACAAAAGACUUACACCAAGAAGAAAGAAAAAAACUCUGAGACCUGAGAAUGGAGACUUGCUUGGACUGCAAGAAAGCUACCGAAACGGUGAUUGACCUAAGAACCGGCGACACAAUCUGCACAGAGUGCAGCCUCGUCAUCUCCGAUCACUACAUCGACGACUGCCAAGAAUGGAGAACCUUCGCUAACGACGACAACAGCGACCAAGACCCUAACCGCGUCGGCGCUCCGACCAACCCUCUUCUCAAAUCCGGCGGUAUCGGCACCAUCAUCAAAGAAAACACUUUCUCCUCCGUCUCCAAGAACGACUUACUCGGUUUGUCCCGAGCACAUAACCUCGUUAGGAACAAGGAAGAAGACCUUUUCAAGAAAGCGUGCGACGCAAUCAAGAGAAUGACCGAAGAUCUUGACCUAAUAAGCGGCGUCGAGUUUAGGGCUUGCGAGAUCGUCUCCAAGUUCGAUGUUGACAGCAGAAAGAAGCUACGGAGAGGGAAGCAGUUAACUGCUCUCUGCUCGGCCUCCGUUUCAACGGCUUGUCGUGAGCUGAAACUCUCGAGGACGUUGAAAGAGAUCUCCACGGUGGCUAGUGGUGUGAGUUUGAAGGAUAUAAACAAAGCUAGUAUGGCGAUAAAGCGUCUCCUAAGGUCAGAUCAAGAGGAGGCUGUUUCUGAUGCCGCUCCUCAGGUGAUAAUGAAGACAGGAGAACUUGUUCGAAGAUUCUGUUCUAAACUCGACAUGAGCGAAAGAGAGAGGAAGGCUAUUAGAGAAGCUGUUGAAAUGGCUGAGAAUUUCGAUAUCAGGAGAAACCCUAAGUCGGUUCUUGCUGCUAUCAUCUUCAUGAUCUGUCAGCUAUCUCAGACCAAACGGAGACCUAUUGCAGAAAUUGCGUUGGCUUCUGAAGUUGUGGAGAAUACGAUCAAGAAGUCUGCUAAUGAUAUGUAUCCUUACGCCUCCAAGAUUAUACCCAAAUGGUAUGCUUCUGAAGAAGACAUUAUCAAGAGCUUAGGAGGAGGUCUCAUAGGUACUUGAGAUGGUGCAAAACUUAUAGUAUAAGAUAGUUAAGGGAUAUGUUCUGAUUAGAGAUCUAUGUGGUCUAUUUUCUGCUUUACAUAACAAAUUGUAUAAUAGAACUUUGUUGACAUACACAAUGGUUGAAUGAAGGAAUAUAUUGAGCUUGUUGAGAAGUAUUAUUUGGUGAAGUGCACUGAGAACUAAGAACAGAUUAGUAAUUCACAUUCUGAAUAAACUAAUUUACAUAUCUCAAUGUAUUUUAAUUGUAUUGAUAUCAUGUUUUAAAAACAAUCUAGUAAAUAUGAUAUGAACGCAAAUGAAGAUCUUUAAAAUAUUCUAAAAUGUCUCGACUGAUUUAUCCUCAAAACCAUUUAUUCUUUGCUUGUUUCAUUUUGAGGAGGGAAAAUGGGUUUUUAUUUACCUUUUUCCUUUGAAUUGUUUUCCUAUUGGACUUUCUCUUAAAAAAAUAAAUAAAAGCGAUAAGGAAAAUUAAAAUGAAAAAAU